AAGAGAAACUCACUACUGUGCCUAUUUCUCGAUCACUCGUUCAAAAAUGGUCCAAUUCCGGCUCGAAAAUUGAAGUUUCGCUUCCGAUUUCGAAGCUCCUAAUUAGUGUUCUUCGUUUCUCAAAGGUCUGAGGUGUUUAGUUUUUUACUUCGUGGUGAAAAAAGGUUGAGAGAAAGCUAUGAUACUAAAAUUGAGCAUCAUCUAAUAAGAAUGCCGGGCAUUCCUUUAGCGACUCGUGAAGCCUCCGCCUAUUUAAUAAGCACAGAUCAAAUGUGCCGAGACGAUUCCCACCUACAUUUAUCUGCUGAAGAGGAAAUUGCUGCUGAAGAGAGUCUAUCAGUUUAUUGCAAGCCUGUAGAACUGUAUAACAUUCUCCAAAGACGCUCUGUAAGAAAUCCAUCAUUUCUUCAAAGAUGUUUGCGUUACAAAAUUCAGGAAAAACACAAAAGGAGAAUACAAAUGACAGUGUCUGUAUCUGGGAUUGUCAAUGAAGGUGUACCAACACAAAGCAUUUUUCCUUUAUACGUCUUGUUGGCAAGGCUUGUUUCUGAUGUUGAAAUUGCAGAGUAUUCUGCAGUUUAUCGUUUUCGCCGGGCAUGUAUCUUGACUAGCUUCACUGGCAUCGAUGGCAGUAAUCAAGCCCAAGUAAAUUUUAUUCUCCCUGAGAAAAAUAAGCUAUCUAUGGAAGCGAAAUCUGGCUCACUUUCCAUUUUGCUUGUAAAUUUUGCAAAUGGAGGAUGCUGCUUAUGGGGCAGGAUAUCAUUAGAACCACUAUACGUUUCAUGGGAACAAUCACCAAACUUGAGUUUGGGGCAAAGAUCUGAGACGAUUUUACCUGUUGACAUGCAUUCUUGCUUAUUAAAGUUGAAAUGUUUGAACGAGGACAAAUGCAUCUUAAUCCAGAGUUCCAGCAAUUCUUUGUCAACGCUGCAGGUCAUCAUUUUUGCUAAGGAGGUUGGGAUAAAGGAAAAUUCUCCCUAUAAUUCAGACACAUGCAGUGGCAUUUCUUCUUCAUCGCCCUCUCAUAUUAUUCGGUUGAGAGCAGGAAACGCCAUCUUUAAUUACAGAUAUUAUAACAAUAAGUUACAAAAGACUGAAGUAACUGAAGACUUCUCUUGCCCUUUCUGUUUGGUAAAAUGUGCUAGCUUUAAGGGUCUGAGGCAUCACUUGCCAGCAUUCCAUGAUAUCUUCAAUUUUGAAUUUUGGGUAACUGAAGAGUAUCAAGCUGUUAAUGUGUCAGUCAAAACCGAUAUUUGGAGAUCUGAGGUCUUUCCCUUUUCUAAGAAUUGUAUCUUACAAAUCCAUAGGGAAAAGAUUCUUACAGAUGGUGUUGAUCCUAAACAACAGGCCUUUUUCUAUUGUUCAAAGCAAUUAAGGCAUAGACAUCCGAAAGUCCUAGUUCAAAAUACAAGGCAUGUACAUCCUGUUUUCGUAGAGUCAAAUCUGCCAGCAGAAGGUUGUGAGCUUCUCCAAAAGGCUCAUGGUGGGAGCAUUUUACAAAAUGGUAGAAUGGGUGCUCUGGAGUAUGCACAACAUCUUCCAUCCAAUGUUGCAGGGGUUUCAGGCACUGCAGGACAAUCAUAUUUUGAUUCUGAACAUGUUCAAUCAGUGUCUGGAAAUAAUCUUGCUUCCCCUACCUUGUUGCAAUUUGCAAAGACAAGAAAAAUAUCGAUGGAAGUUUCUGGUUCUAGGAACGAUCCUCUCCGGAAGCGACAGUUUUUUCACUCACAUAGAGCUCAGCCAAUGGAGUCAGAUGAAGUGAUGCGUGACAGUGACAGUGAGGAUGAGGUUGAUGACGAAGUUGCAGAUUUGGAAGAUCGAAGGAUGCUUGAUGAUUUCGUUGAUGUAACCAAAGACGAGAAGCAUAUAAUGCAUUUGUGGAACUCGUUUGUGAGGAAACAAAGGUUGCUGGCAGAUGGUCAUAUUCCGUGGGCGUGUGAAGCAUUUUCAAAAUUACAUGGGCGUGAUCUUGUCAAAGCCCCAGCUCUCAUCUGGUGUUGGAGAUUAUUCAUGAUCAAGCUGUGGAAUCAUGGUCUCCUCGACGCCGCAACCAUGAAUAAGUGUAAUACCGUUCUACGGCAUUACGAUAGCAAUGAUUCCGAUCCUCUGAUCCGGUGAAAAGUUAAAAGAGACCUGAUUUUUCCUUUUUCUUUAAACAAUCAUGAUGCAGAAAUGGUGCUCAGCAGUCACCCCACCCUCGACAAUUUGCAUAACGGUGAGUGAACUCUUUAAUGCCAUGCCAUUAAGCAAACUAACUGCAACUGUAAAUUUGUGCAAUAAGACGGUAUAAUUCAUAUAUAUCUUUAUUAUAACUUUUUUUUCUUCAUAAAAAAUAGUUUGAAUUACUUAUUUGAUAUUUACAGUUUUUUGA